AUGGUGGGCUUCUUCUCUCGUGGCAGAAAGCAGGAAUAUCACGGCUUCAGCAAGUACCAGGAAGAGCUUCGCCACAGCGCCAGUGGGGGAAUGGUGGCAGGCCUACCAAACCCCAGCCAGAACAGGAGCCAGUCGUUUAGCAACGGCGCUGGCCAGGCGGCGGCUGCCGCCUUGCGGAUGCACUCGCUGCCGUCGCUGGCCCAGAGACAGCUGUAUCACCCUCAGCAGCAACAACAACACAGCCAGCAACGAGCAGGACCCCCCAGAAGAGCAAACUCGCUCUCGUCUGCCAAUCGCUCCAACUCGUUGAGAUCCUACACCUACCAUCCCAAGGGAUCGUACACCCCAGGCUCAGCACAAGUGCCCACCGCAAGCGUCUCGUCCAGAAGUAAUAGCCUCGUGGCUAGAUCCACAUUCACGCCCGUACCUGAAGAUGACCACUACGACGAGGUCGAAGAGGUGGUCACAACCAAGACUACCAAGAUCGUGGACUCCCAGGGAAGAACCCAGUCGAUAAAAACAACCACCAUCAGAACAAUGCCUGACGGCUCCAACGUCAUCGAGACAACCACCAAGAACAUUUCCAGAUCCAAUUCCCGAGCAAACUCGUUGAACUCGUCCAAUUUACGUGCCGGCUCAUUGUUGUCGGCAGACAACCCCAUAAACUUGACCAAGAUCGACGAAGACUUACACGAUUUCGACUACAACUAUGAAAUGGACUCGCAAAUGCGCCCUCAGGUCAAGCUCAACAUAUCCAAGAAUAAUGAAAGCGCUGUCAGCGAAAACGCCGCUAUUCUUGCGGAGCAGACCACUGAGAGCCCUACUGUGAAGCCACUAAGAUCCAUCUUGAAAAACAAUCAACAUACAGCGUUCGAAGCAUCAGAAGACUCCCAAUUCACGGAAGCUGGAGAGUCUCCGAAAAAGACUUCAGAAGCUCAUCCCUACAAGGCUAUUCAUACAGAAGCUUUACAAGGCCCUAAAUUCAAGGUGCCUGCUAGCCCUCCGUUCAACCCCAAGAGCCCUACUAAGAGACAUAGUCCUAAUAGGGAGGAUAUCUUAUCAAGUGCUUCCUCUUCAAUUAAAUUUGACGAAAGGGUUGAAACCAUUCCAGUAUACAAUACUAGUAAGAGUAACGGCCUUGGGAAGGCCUUCAAUCCCAGAAAGGAGCUUCCAAAGAAAGAACCCCCAAAGAAUAAGACUACUACUGAUGCAGACUUCUAUGCCGCCGCCAUGAAAGCAGCUUAUAAGAAGGUUUAUGGUCAAGAUCAACCACAAACACAAGCUUCACCUAGUUCACUUCCAGGACGUAACGUGCCAGAAAGUCCUACCAGCCCCGAAAAUCAAACCUCGCCAACUCAAUUUCAACCACCAGCUUCUGCUAGAAGUGGUAACAGAACCUUUUCUUUGUCUUCAAAUAUUUCCUCAAUCAUGGAGAACAGAAAAGUUAAGACCAAGCCCAGUAAAAGCAAAGCAUUGGAAGAAGUUGGCGGAGUUAAUUCGGACUUCCAUUAUGGUGCCCACCAUAAGGAUUUUGUGAAGCAUUCUCUAAGAGAAUCAAUUCCAAAGUCAUCCACAAGAAAGGAGAGAUCUAAGGAUGAGAAGAGAUUACUUAAAGAAGCACAGGCGGAAAAGGAUCUAGCAGAGAAGCAGGCAAAGAAAGAAGCCAAGCUUCAACAAAAGCUAGCCAAGAAAGAGAAGAAGAAGGCUCCAGAAAACAAAACCUUUUUGGGUCUUUUUGGAAAAAGAAAGUCCUCAAUUUCAGAUGGUAAUGAUACAGAAGCCAGUUUUGCUCCUUUCAAUGCCCCUGGAGUAAGCUCAGAGAAUAAUCAUGAAGUAGAUUCUCGUAGAGAAUUAAGACCUGACCUUGUGAUUCCAGAAAAAGAUGAAUUUACAACCCCCGAACCAGUUGAGAUUUCACAUGACCAAGAUGUAAUUGCAAUCUCAAAUUCGAAAGAAAAGCAUACCGUGGAUGACGAACUCGCAUCUUUUGCUAAGACAAAGGAUUCCACUUCGAAUUACGCCCUGAGGGAUAACAAUCCGAUCUCCUCUUCCGUCAGUCAAAAAGCCCCCCAAACUUUGACUGUGGAUGAACCUUUGGCCACGCCACAGCAUAGUGAAGCUGAAGUAAUUGUUCCAGAAGUCAAAGCCAUUACACCAGAGGUUAGAUCAAGUCAAAUUGAAAAGGCCAAGGAGAUUGAUUAUGUCAAUACAAGUGCCAGUUCUCCCUAUUUGUCUGCUUCUAGCCCCAACGAGUAUGAGCAAGCUCGUGAUAAUUUGGAGCAGCUUGAUGAUCAUAUCCCCGUUCCAAGUUUAAGUGAUAUCGAAACACCCGGACUUUAUUCAGAUAGCGAGGACGAAGAUACCCAAGAUCAUGAGCUUGGAGCUAAUAUCAAUAAAAGCGCUAUGGAGAAUGCAAUUUUGGGUAGACAAGGAUCUCCACUCGAAUUUGCUAGUGCUAAAGAACUCACAGAAGGAGCAGAAAACAAUCCAACACUUCCAGAACCAGAGUUUUCUCACACAGAGAGGGAAGUAGAUUCAGCAUCAAGUAAGCCUGAAACCAUUUCAGAGAACAUUAUUCAACAAGAAUAUGAAGUUGCCACUGCCUUCAUUGAUGGUGAUGGGUAUAAACCAUCUGAGAGUGAACUUAAUCUCCCGGAAAGCCAAGUGACUGCGCAAGAAGGCUUAGAGAAAGAAGAUGAAGAACCUGUUCCACAAUACGGGAAUGAAAUUGAAGAAUCGAUAACACCUAAACUACAAAACGCUGCCACUGAUGUUGUAUCAAUCGAUGGAAAUGGCAAAGCAAGUCACUUAGCUGAGAUCCCAAUAUCCGUUGCGGAAUCAACCACCGAGAAAAAGCAAUUGAAUAUUCCAUUAGAAACUGAUGAAGCACUGAAUUCUCAGAUCGGGCAACAAGCUCCCGUGCAGCCUAAAGCAGUAUCAACCGUUAAAAACGAAACUAUUAUUCCUUCUGAGGCAACACAAUCAAACCCUUCUGCAGAAAUCAUCGAUGCCCCCAAGUUUAUUCCUGGAACCUCCGCUCCAUUAUCACCUCAUAGAAUUCCUGCUGCUGCUGCCAAUGUAACUGCACCUGUGCCUCUUGCAACAAAUACUUCAAAAUUUGCUCCAGGAGGUCCCCCAGGAGCUGUUGCCAGUAGCUCCGAAUCGCCUGGGGAUGAUAAAUCAACUGUUCCAACUUUGGCCAGCCAAAAUUCAGAGCAACCAACUAACUCAACCGUUGCCACCGAGCAUCAACCGCAGGUAAAUCACGGUACUACAGAUCAUGCCUAUGAAAAAGAGGUGACAUCGGUGCCUAGAAAGUCCAAUAAAUCUAAGAAAUCUAGUAAGAUAAGAGAGAGAAUCUUCAAGUAUUUCAUUAAUUCCUAUGAUAAGUAA